UUGUAAUUCCGCGACGAGAUAGCCAUAGCGAGAUGUGAGGUACCAAAUCAGGCGGAAUUACGUAGAAUGGCGUCCGAUUCUUCGCGCCCCAUCCACCGCGCCUCAGACCUGCCAGCAUCAGGCACCCCAGAAAGCGAUGGCGAUCUGCUCGAGAUGACGCGCUCCUAUGAUAAUUUGUGAGGGACCAUCCCAUUCACCCUUUGCUACUCGCACCCGAUUCCUUCCACAACGACUUUUGCCGCGCCAUUCCAAUCACUGCUGGCAUCGACAGUAGUAGGUAUAAUGGCGUCCGACUCCUCGCGUCCCUUCCACCGCGCGUUGGACUUGCUAGCAUCAGACGCGCCGGAGAACGACGGCGAUCUGCUCGAGAUGAUCCGCCGCGCCCGCCGCGACAUGACCCGCCUCUCCGCUGCCGACUCCCGCGCCGCUUCCGCCGCCGUCGCUGGCGGAAAACACUUCCGCAGCGGGGCGUCGAAAGCCAACACAGGUGCAGUAGCAUCAGCCGCAGCAGCAAUGUCAAUACCAACGCUACCAUCAGCAGCAGCAGUAGGAGCAGCUGCUCCUGAUCGCCGAACCCACCUUCCUCCUUCCCUCGUUUCCACUCCCUUUUCUAUCCACCCUCAUAUCAGCGGUCCCCCUUACACCCACACGGCACAUAAUCACAGCCCCUAUCAUCACCCUCCCGGACACCCAGCAGCCGCAGCAGCAACAGCUGCAGCAGGUGGGGCAGUUGCCGCUCCCCCAGGUGCUGGUAGUGGUGCUGCUGGUGCAGGUGCUGGUGGUGCUGCAGCUCUUGCUGCUGGUAGGGUAGCUGGAAUGCAGGGUUCGGCAGGUUUAGCGGGAGCGGGCUUUGGCGCAGUAGGUGCUGGUAGAGGGGGCCAACAGCACUCAGCAAGUCAGCAGCCAAUGCAGCAGCAACACGUGCCAAGUCAACAACACAUGCAACAGCCGCUGCAGCCACCGCAGCAGCAGGAGCAGCAGCAGCAGCAGCAGCAAGGGCAACAGAGGCAGCAGCAGCAGCAGCCGCGUCAAGUUGUGACUCUAAAGGGGCCAGUGCCGCGGCCAAGAGAGAGGUCAAAACGGGCAAGAUGAUUGGAGUGGUAGCGGGGAACGCACACAUGUUGCAGUGGCAACACGUCAAAAUCGGGUGUAGCAGUAGGGAUGACUGAGGCAGCAGCAGCAGCCGUGUCAGGUUGUACCCUAAAGGGGCCAGUGCUGGGGCCGAGAGAGCGGUCGAAACGGGCAUGGUAGUGGGGAAUGUAGCACAUGCUAACCCAGCAAUACAUGCAAUCACUGUAACAUCAGCAGCCACAGCAGCAGCAGCAGCAGCAGCAGCACAGCAGCUGGUGCUGCCACUUCAAACUUGUGACUCAUGGCUCUGAGAGCGAUAAAAGCAGGUGAGGUAGUGGGGAUUGUGGGCCGUAAACAGAAGUAAAUACACCAAAUGGUUCGAGACACAUUAACAGGGUGUCCGUGCACGCGUACCUUCCUCCGUGUCUGUACAUACGUCACAGUUUUGGUAUGUUAAAUAUUCCUCUGUAGAAGUACUUAAUGUUGUGAUAAAGUCGUACUUAAAGCGAGAGGUUAUAAUAGUGACCCAUCUUUCUAGUUGGGCCCAACUUGAAUGGUACCCUCAAACAGAUAUAGGGGGGACAAGCGAGCGGGCAGAAGAAAACGUCGUUUCGGAGCGGGCAGUCACUCAGCAGCAAAAGCAUCUGCCCGCGCGACAAAUUUGGAUAUGUGGACGCGGGUGUAUUUAUAAACAAAAUACCGUAAUCCCCCGUAUAUAACACCCGCCGAAAUAGUCACUCCGCGGGUGGUUUAUGCGGGGGAGAGCUUAUGAUAGGGUGAAUUUAGGAGAGCACCCGCUUUUCGGGGGUUGCAUUUUACAUAACACCCUCCUCGUUUUAUGCAGCAAAGAACAGUAUUUCGUAGUUUUUCAAGUUCAGCUCGAUUGAGAAAAAAACGAACAGGAUGAAAAACGCAAUGUCAACUACCAUUAGCAGCGAAAAAACGGGCAGAAACAUCAACACAAGUUGCAGCGCGAAAUGGAAAUGUCAGCAAAGGUCAAGACUCGGGAGGAUUUCGACCGUCG